AUGACGAGGACAGAGGUGCCCACCAACGACCACCUUCACGGCGAGGACAGAGGUGCCCACCAACGACCACCUUCACGGCGAGGACAGAGGUGCCCACCAACGACCACCUUCACGGCGAGGACAGAGGUGCCCACCAACGACCACCUUCAUGGCGAGGACAGAGGUGCCCACCAACGACCACCUUCAUGGCGAGGACAGAGGUGCCCACCAACGACCACCUUCACGGCGAGGACAGAGGUGCCCACCAACGACCACCUUCACGGCGAGGACAGAGGUGCCCACCAACGACCACCUUCAUGGCGAGGACAGAGGUGCCCACCAACGACCACCUUCAUGGCGAGGACAGAGGUGCCCACCAACGACCACCUUCAUGACGAGGACAGAGGUGCCCACCAACGACCACCUUCAUGGCGAGGACAGAGGUGCCCACCAACGACCACCUUCAUGGCGAGGACAGAGGUGCCCACCAACGACCACCUUCAUGGCGAGGACAGAGGUGCCCACCAACCACCACCUUCACGGCGAGGACAGAGGUGCCCACCAACGACCACCUUCAUGGCGAGGACAGAGGUGCCCACCAACGACCACCUUCAUGGCGAGGACAGAGGUGCCCACCAACCACCACCUUCAUGGCGAGGACAGAGGUGCCCACCAACGACCACCUUCAUGACGAGGACAGAGGUGCCCACCAACGACCACCUUCACGGCGAGGACAGAGGUGCCCACCAACGACCACCUUCACGGCGAGGACAGAGGUGCCCACCAACGACCACCUUCAUGGCGAGGACAGAGGUGCCCACCAACGACCACCUUCAUGGCGAGGACAGAGGUGCCCACCAACGACCACCUUCACGGCGACGACAGAGGUGCCCACCAACCACCACCUUCAUGGUGAGGACAGAGGUGCCCACCAACGACCACCUUCACGGCGAGGACAGAGGUGCCCACCAACGACCACCUUCACGGCGAGGACAGAGGUGCCCACCAACGACCACCUUCACGGCGAGGACAGAGGUGCCCACCAACGACUAUGGCUCAUAG